ACCAUCUCUGCACUAGAAGACAUCCUGACCCAGGACCUUAAACGUUAGGACCUGGGAAAGAGGAAAAGGGGAAGGAGUAAAGAGGAAAGAAGACCAGGAGAACACCGCAAGGCAAAGCACCAGAAACUUUCCACCCUGGAUUCUCUACUUUUGCUCCAUGGACAGAGCCUCAGCCAGCCAAGUUACAGACAGACCGUGAGCAGUCCCUGCGCGUUUUAUUGCGACCUGCCGGUGGGAACUUUGUCUCCGAGUCGGAGCAGCAUGGAGCGGCGGAGCGAGAGCCCGUGUCUGCGGGACAGCCCCGACCGGCGGAGCGGCAGCCCCGACGUCAAGGGGCCUCCCCCGGUGAAGGUGGCCCGGCUGGAGCAGAACGGCAGCCCCAUGGGAGCCCGCGGGAGGCCCAACGGCGCCGUGGCCAAGGCCGUGGGAGGUUUGAUGAUUCCUGUCUUUUGUGUGGUGGAGCAGUUGGAUGGCUCUCUUGAAUAUGACAACAGAGAAGAACACGCGGAGUUCGUCCUGGUUCGAAAAGAUGUGCUUUUUAGCCAGCUGGUGGAGACCGCGCUCCUGGCCCUGGGGUACUCCCACAGCUCCGCAGCUCAGGCACAAGGAAUCAUCAAGCUGGGCAGGUGGAACCCUCUCCCCCUCAGCUAUGUGACAGACGCGCCCGACGCCACCGUGGCCGACAUGCUGCAGGACGUCUAUCAUGUUGUGACACUGAAAAUCCAGUUACAAAGUUGUUCGAAGCUGGAAGAUUUGCCGGCGGAGCAGUGGAACCACGCCACAGUCCGCAAUGCCUUAAAGGAACUGCUCAAAGAGAUGAACCAGAGCACAUUAGCCAAAGAAUGCCCUCUCUCCCAGAGUAUGAUUUCAUCCAUUGUAAAUAGCACAUAUUAUGCCAACGUGUCAGCAACCAAGUGCCAGGAGUUUGGGAGAUGGUAUAAGAAGUACAAGAAGAUUAAAGUUGAAAGAGUGGAACGAGAAAACCUUUCAGACUAUUGUGUUCUGGGCCAGCGACCAAUGCAUUUACCAAAUAUGAACCAGCUGGCAUCCUUGGGGAAAACCAACGAACAGUCUCCUCAUAGCCAAAUCCACCACAGUACUCCAAUCCGAAACCAAGUGCCCGCAUUACAGCCCAUCAUGAGCCCUGGUCUUCUUUCUCCCCAGCUCAGUCCACAACUUGUUAGGCAACAAAUAGCCAUGGCCCAUCUGAUAAACCAACAGAUUGCUGUUAGCCGGCUCCUGGCUCACCAGCAUCCUCAAGCCAUCAACCAGCAGUUCCUGAACCAUCCGCCGAUUCCCAGAGCAGUUAAGCCAGAGCCAACCAACUCUUCCGUAGAAGUGUCUCCAGAUAUCUACCAGCAAGUCAGAGAUGAGCUGAAGAGGGCAAGUGUGUCCCAAGCUGUCUUUGCAAGAGUGGCAUUCAACCGCACACAGGGAUUGUUGUCUGAGAUUUUGCGUAAGGAAGAAGACCCUCGGACAGCCUCUCAGUCUCUCUUAGUAAACUUGAGGGCCAUGCAGAAUUUCCUCAAUCUGCCGGAAGUGGAGCGGGAUCGCAUAUACCAGGACGAGAGAGAGCGGAGCAUGAACCCCAAUGUGAGCAUGGUCUCGUCAGCCUCUAGCAGUCCCAGCUCCUCCCGAACCCCUCAGGCCAAAACCUCGACACCGACAACAGACCUCCCCAUUAAGGUGGACGGCGCCAACGUCAACAUCACAGCUGCCAUUUAUGACGAGAUCCAACAGGAGAUGAAAAGGGCCAAGGUGUCUCAAGCCCUGUUUGCCAAAGUGGCCGCAAAUAAAAGUCAGGGCUGGUUGUGUGAACUGCUCCGCUGGAAGGAGAACCCCAGCCCAGAGAACCGCACGCUCUGGGAGAACCUCUGUACCAUCCGCCGCUUCCUGAACCUUCCCCAGCACGAGAGGGAUGUGAUCUAUGAGGAAGAGUCGAGACAUCACCACAGUGAGCGCAUGCAGCACGUGGUCCAGCUCCCCCCUGAGCCAGUGCAGGUCCUGCACAGACAGCAGUCUCAGCCGGCCAAGGAGAGCUCCCCGCCCAGAGAAGAAGCUCCUCCCCCACCUCCUCCCACGGAAGACAGUUGUGCCAAAAAGCCCCGUUCUCGCACAAAGAUCUCCCUGGAAGCCCUGGGGAUCCUCCAAAGCUUUAUUCAUGAUGUGGGCCUGUACCCUGAUCAGGAAGCCAUCCACACGCUUUCUGCGCAGCUGGAUCUCCCCAAACACACCAUCAUCAAGUUCUUCCAGAACCAGCGGUAUCACGUGAAGCAUCACGGGAAGCUCAAGGAGCACCUGGGCUCCGCGGUGGACGUGGCCGAGUAUAAGGACGAGGAGCUGCUGACGGAGUCCGAGGAGAACGACAGCGAAGAAGGCUCAGAGGAGAUGUACAAAGUGGAGGCCGAGGAGGAAAAUGCCGAAAAGAGCAAGGCGGCGCCUGCUGAAAUUGACCAGAGAUAAUGUGAACUCCUACCAGGCCAAGCAAUACGUCGGUCCAAGGAUUUUCUGUUUUAAUUUCUUUAAAAACAUUUCUUCCUUUUUUUUUUUUUUUUGCUU